AAGCCUACCCAACCAGUUGGCUUCAGUUUGGGGAAGGUAGACAAGUAAGGUUAGGGAGUGCCAGUUUUAUUUUUUAAAGAAACAUUAUUUUGUCAACAGUUUACCUUUUUUUGGGGAGACAGCAUUAUGACCGACAAAAUGGAUAUGUCUUUAGACGACAUUAUCAAACAGAACAGGCAGCAGCAUAGAGGUGGCGGCAGGGGUGGAAGAGGCCGAGGCCGCGGAGGGCUUGGCGGCGGCCGAGGAGGAGGCGCUGGUCGCCAAGGAGGAAUGAGCGGCGGAGGAUUUGGAGGCCGAGGCGGAGGAUCCGGCCCCAUGAGGAACCGUCAAAACACGAACCGCGCUAGAGGCAGACCGACGCCAUACAACAGGCCCAAACAGCUUCCCGAUAAAUGGCAACACGACAUGUUCGACAACGGCUUCAGUGGAUUCAACGGAACAGCUGGUGGUGGCGCUGGCGUCGAAACCGGAGGGAAGCUCCUUGUCUCCAAUCUCGACUUUGGGGUUUCUGACGCAGAUAUUCAGGAACUUUUUGCUGAGUUUGGGACACUGAAAAAGGCUGCGGUCCAUUACGAUCGUUCAGGAAGGAGCCUAGGAACAGCGGAUGUCCACUUUGAAAGAAGGGCAGAUGCGCUCAAGGCUAUGAAACAGUACAAUGGCAUCCCGCUGGAUGGGAGGCCCAUGAACAUACAACUCGUCACAUCACAGAUUGAUACACAGAGGCGGCCAAUACAGGGGAUGAACAGAGGCGGUGGCAUGAACAGGAGUCGCGGGGGCAGCUUUGGCGGCAUGCAGAGGGGAGGCCGCAUCGGUCGUGGCACAGGCGGCUUCAGAGGCCGGGGUCGAGGUGGCCGAGGGGCUGCCGGCAAACAACAGCUUUCAGCAGAAGAGCUUGAUGCUCAGUUAGAUGCCUACAAUGCAAGGAUGGACACGAGCUAAGAAGUGUUGCUGUUCUUGGUCAUUCUUUCCUGUUCUACACAGAAGGAUGCUUGUUACAGUAGUGCAAAUUAUUUUACACAUGGUUGUCCUAAUGUGAUUGGUCAUUGCUCCAGCCUCUUAACUGCUCUGAAGUGUUUUUUACUUUUUUUCCCCCUCUUUUUGACAAAAAAAAAAGUCUGUAGGUUAAAAGUUGGAAUUUCCAAGUCCAUUCCUGAAAACUUGUAGUAAAUGAAACUUCUAAUAAAACCUGCAGUGUAUAUUAAACACGGACUUUCCUCUUC